GGAAACGGUCUCUCCCUCGUUCUUUCCCUCGUUGCUUCUUGCCAUCGCUUGCUUAGAAAUGCCAUGUGCUGAUCCCUCUUCGCUCAACAGAAUGCCCGCGAAUUGAGAACCCUUUUACUACCUGUUUCGACAACCCCAACCCUACUAAAUCGCUCUCGACACUCAUUCGCAUUUAACCAUGGAUUGGAAUUUCCAACUCGACCCCAAUAAUGAUCUUGUAGCGGAUCUUCUUUCCCAGUUCAAUGCGACUAGCGCGCAAGUCAGAUCUGCGAACCAGCUCCAAGAAACACUACAACUGGCUGUAACCACAGAAGAUGGCCAACCGUCAGGGUUGAAGCUAGCGGCAGUGGAGAUUCCGGCGGUAGUGAAUUGGGAGGAGUAUGAAAACCUUCCGGGGCAUUCAGCCGUCCGGUAUAUCAUCAGCGAGGAGCAGGAUGACGACGGGGAUGUUGUUUAUAAAGUUCGGAUGCGGAGCAGCGAAUUGCAAACAGUCAACUUGACGCAGCUCCAAAACCUCCAGAAUGGACCGGAAGCCCUCGAACGCUUCGAAUCGCCGGACCAAGAUUCACAAAUUACAAUUUCUUCAGAUGAAGACUACGACUCUACCGAAUCUCAUUCAGUCAAUGCUAGACGGUCGAAGCGCGCGACCAGGUCCCGCCGUCGGUUCACAAAAUUCUUUGCUGGCGUGAGCAGUGGCGAUGACAGGGAUAUAAUGAGCUCAUCGAGCGACGACGUGAUUGUUUCUUCUGCGACAACUUCAAGAGCAAGACGGUUGCGGAAGGGCGUCCGACAAAAAGGUUCAAGGCAAAACACGCGGCAAUCAUCCAGAAUAUUCGAUUACUUUGAUUCCAAUGAUGAGCCUAGAUCGAAGGGCACUAGAUUUUCCACGCGCGACAGGAGGGCAGUGCGAAGCAACUUGCGCGAAAGAUUUGAAGACGAUAUUUCCGAGAAUGAGAUUAGGGCGAAGGAGAAAAAAUACGUCGGCGCCAAGGAGGCUUUCCAUACAGUCCCGCGACAUGAUUCGUUCAGACUCCAUCAUCUUAACACUUGCGAUGUCUGCGGUAUCUCUGGUAACGGGAAUGAGAGAGGCCCGCUGGUCUUUUGUCAGGGUUGCACCUUCUCCUACCAUCAAGUUUGCCUGGGACCGCGGGGGAACAGAGACCACCUUGUUACAAAAGUUGCAGACGAUAAUUUUGUUCUUCAGUGCCGUCAUUGUUUGGGUGUCGUUCAUGCCAAAGAUCGUUUGUCUCCGCGUCUAGGCCACUGCAACGCGUGCAACGACAAGGGAUCACUGUCCAAGCCUCUCAGGGAACGCCUAUCGCCUAAGCAAGAACAACAGCUUCGUCAAGAAAAUGACGGGAAAGAUCCUAUUACCUCUGUCGACAUGACGCGCAUUAAUAACGUCGAUAAUCUCCUCUUCCGCUGUUCUGGCUGUCGCAGAGCCUACCAUCUGGACCAUCUACCUCCAUUGUCUGAUGAUUAUGGUGACAAUGUUGCGGCUUCGCGCUUCCAACAAUACUCGUCGCGCUGGAAAUGCCUCGAUUGUAUAUCGGCUCCAGAUGAAAUUGCUGCCAUGGUCGCCUGGCGGCCAGUCCAACCCGAUCUCGUCGACCGUGCAGCAAGUAAGCUAGCCGAAGACAAGAAGGAGUAUCUCAUCAAGUGGCGUAACAAGUCAUACCAUCACACUACAUGGAUGCCCGGUACUUGGGUGUGGGGAGUCGCAAAACAUGCCAUGCGGCGAGCUUUCCUAAAAUCAGACAAAGACAUAAAUCCGCAAAAGUCGGCCGAAGAGGCAGUCCCAGAAGACUUCUUGCGUGUCGAUAUUGUUUUUGAUGUCCGAUACUCUGAGAAGCCGCAGGAUCGCAGCGAAGAAGCCGACCUUGCGCGAAUCGGCAAGGUUAAAGAGGCAUACGUCAAGUUCAAGGGCCUACCAUACGAGGAGUCAGUGUGGGAAACUCCUCCGGGGCCCGGCUCCGAGCGAUGGGCCGAUUUCAAAGAAGCAUACGAGGAUUGGGUUCGGCGAGACUAUAUCCAUACCCCCAGCCAGGAUGCAUUCAGGAAGCAUCUUUCCUACGUUCGGAAGCAAAAUUUCAAGACGACUGUCGUUCGCAAUACUAAACCUGAAGCGAUGACCGGUGGUGAGAUUAUGGAGUACCAGAAGGACGGCCUGAAUUGGCUGUACUACAUGUGGUUCAAGCAGCAGAACGCCAUCCUCGCUGAUGAAAUGGGUCUGGGGAAGACGAUCCAGGUUAUCGGUUUCUUUGCGACUCUUAUUCAGUACCACAAGUGCUGGCCUUUCUUGGUUGUCGUUCCAAACUCGACAUGUCCCAAUUGGCGCAAAGAAAUCAAGAAGUGGGUUCCUUCUAUUCGAGUCGUCACAUACUACGGAUCCGCUUUCUCUCGCAAGUUGGCCCAGGACUAUGAGAUGUUUGGCAAAGAAGGCUCUGAUCUUCGGUGUCAUGUUGUCGUAACAUCGUAUGAAGCCAUGGUGGACGAGAACUCUCGGAAGAUACUUUCGAGAAUUCCCUGGGCCGGUCUUGUCGUGGAUGAAGGGCAGCGCUUGAAGAACGACAGGAGCCUGCUCUACGAAAGUCUUUUCAAGAUCAAGUUCCCAUUCAAGGUUCUCCUUACGGGUACACCUCUUCAGAACAACACGCGAGAACUCUUCAACCUGCUUCAAUUCUGUGAUCCGAGCAUCAAAGCGGAAGAUAUGGAGGCUGAGUACGGAGUGCUAUCGAAGGAUAAUAUCCCUCAGUUGCAUGAAAUGAUCCGGCCUUUCUUCCUGCGUCGGACUAAGGCACAGGUCCUGAACUUCCUUCCUCCUAUUGCCAACAUCAUUGUUCCUGUGUCAAUGUCUGUUGUGCAGAAGAAGCUUUACAAGUCGAUUUUGGCGAAGAAUCCUCAAUUGAUUGAGACCAUCUUCCAACGGAAAGGCGACCAGAUAGGCUUGAAGCAGGUGGAGCGCAAGAACUUGAACAAUAUCCUGUUGCAGUUGCGGAAGUGUCUUUGUCAUCCCUUCCUGUACAGCAAGGCCAUUGAAGAGCGCACCCCCGAUGUUACUGCGUCUCAUCGGCACUUAGUCGAGGCAGCCGGGAAGCUUCGACUACUUCACCUGAUGCUACCCAAGCUGCAACAACGCGGACACCGGGUGUUGAUCUUCAGUCAGUUCCUUGAACAUCUCGAUAUCAUAGAAGAUUUCCUCGAUGGACUGGGCAUGUUGUACCGUCGUCUCGAUGGAAGAAUGCCAGCAAUGGAGAAGCAAAAGCGAAUCGACGAGUACAACGCUGAAGGAUCGCCGUACUUUGUUUUCCUCUUGUCGACUAGAUCCGGAGGCGUUGGUAUUAACUUGGCUACUGCGGAUACCGUAAUUAUCAUGGAUCCGGACUUCAAUCCUCACCAGGAUAUGCAGGCAUCAUCGCGCGCUCACCGGAUUGGACAGAAGAACAAGGUGCUCGUAUUCCAAAUGAUGACGCGUGGUAGUGCGGAAGAGAAGAUCAUGCAGAUCGGGAAAAAGAAAAUGGUCUUGGAUCAUGUACUGAUCGACCGGAUGAUUGCCGAAGAAGAUGAUGGUCGCGAUCUAGAAUCUAUUCUACGGCACGGCGCUCGGGCGCUUUUUGAUGACGAUGACUCUGGUGACAUCCACUACGAUUCGGAAUCCGUCGACAAGCUCCUCGAUCGCAGUCAAGCCGAACAGACCAAGACGCCUGGCGCAAACAGUACCGAGGACCCCUUCAGUUUCGCGCGCGUGUGGGCCAACGACAACCAGAACCUCGAUGGUCAGCUAGGCGACACGGUGGAUGAGGGGCCAAUCAACUCAAGUGUUUGGGAAAAGAUCUUGAAGGAGCGGGAGCAGGCAGCGGAAGAAGAGUCCAAAGGGAAAGCAGAGAAUCUCGGUCGUGGGAAGCGCAAGCGGACGGCAGUUGACUAUAGCCAUGCCGCAGAAAUCUCACCAGCCAAGCCUCGCCGGCAAGAUGACGAUAGUGAUGUCGAAUUCCAAGCGGGCAACCUUGACGUGCCAGAGUCGGAUUCGGAUUUGGACCCAGGGAUGGUGUCGGAUGAUCUGGGGUCGCCUACGAAGAGGACCAAGGUGGCCCCGUUUAAACGUGUCGACCUUCCAGAUCUCAAACCCCCGCCAGCCCCAGGCCCCAUAGCGGAAAAUAUUCUCGUCUGUUACGCUUGCAACCGAAGCCACCCCCCGGGUCAGUGCCAUUUGAAAUCGGCCGGGGUCGAGCAUUGCCCCCUUUGUGGACUUGCACACUACGGAGUCAGACGGACCUGUCCGCACUUCCAGUCCGAGGUGCACCUUUCGCGCAUGCUCGAGGCACUGAAGAAUUCCACAGAAGAUCGUGAGAUUCGAAACCUAGCACGAAGCUACGUGGGUGGUAUCAAGAGAGACCUGGCCCGUCGACGGAGGAGCCUGAAUCCAAACCCAAACCCAACCCCGACUCCGACCCCGGGAAGUAAACCUGCUGCCCUCAGUGCUCUCAAUGACCACAAAAAGAAAAGCAUUCAUGGGACGGCAGCCCCAUCCCCGGUCCCUGGUGGACCUACUCCUGGACCUGGACCUGGCGUCGGUCCGGGGCCGCCGCCCGCGAUCGAUCUGACUGGGCAUAGUGGAACUAAUAAUAUAGCUAUGGGAUCUGUGUCCAACAAUCCUUCAUGGCGAACUAGUUUCAAAACUUGAUUGAAUGGACAAGGGUAAUGCAUUUGAUGAUCGAUAUGGGCGUUAUGGUCGGGAUUUGUGGAGGCAUUUGAGAUCUGUUUUGUAACAUAGCUAUUGUAGUCAUAAUAUACCCUAUGCCUUAUUAUCCAG